AUGGUUUCCGGAAGCUGUCUCUGUGGUAAGGUGGGCAUCGAAUACAGCGGUGAGCCUGCAUUGAAGAAGAUCAGCGGUAGCGCUUAUAGCGUCAACAAUGUCGUCUCUGGUGAUGGAUUCAAGGUCACGGGCAGCCCCAAGAGCUUUACCAAGACAGCCGAUAGCGGCAAGAAGAUCACCUCUUACUUCUGCGGCGACUGUGGAUCUACUCUGUACCGCGAUGGCGAUAACUUCCCCGGUAUGAAGAUUGUCAAGGCUGGUACUUUGGAUGGGGAUGCCUUGAACCAGAGCAAGCCCAACGUCGAGUUGUUUGCUCCUACGAGGCCCAAGUGGAUCUCUGCGCUUGAUGGCGCCGAGCAGAAGGAUACCAUGUAG